CAAUCUUUGAAUAUGGAAGCUUGAUAGGAAAAUGAAGAGAACACUAAGGCAGAUCAUAGAGAGCAGGCUACAGAAAUCCAGAACAACCACUGACAGUUCUCCAAGGUGUUGUUUUGGAGAUGAUCUACUCAGUUUGAUGAUUGCAGCCUCAGAAACCAAUCAACUUAAAGUAGACCUGAAGUUGAACAUGAAUGAAAUUAUAGAAGAAUGUAAAACAUUCUUUUUCGCAGGGCAUGAGACCACUUCUAGCUUGUUAUCCUGGGCAAUGUUCUUGAUGAGCAAACAUCAGGAAUGGCAAGCAAAACUGAGAGAAGAGGUCUUGAAGGAGUGUGGGAAAGGAACUCCAAAUGCUAAUAUGUUGGCCAAGCUAAAACUGGUGAACAUGGCUCUUCUGGAGGUCCUAAGGCUAUAUGGCCCAGUCGUAGCCUUGAAGCAAAGAAUAUAUUGGGGAAAAGAUGCAAGUGAGUUCAAUCCUCUAAGAUUCAAGAAUGGGAUAUCCAAAGCAGCAAAACACCCGAAUGCUCUGCUUGCCUUCUUAAUUGGCCCAAGGGCCUGCAGCGGACAAAGCUUUGCAACAUCGGAAGCCAAAACUGUGCUUGCGCUGAUUCUCCAAAGGUUUUCUUUCUCCUUCUCCCCUGACUACAAACAUGCUCCUGCAAACCACAUUACUUUACAGCCUCGACAUGGCCUCCUUAUUGUCAUUAAACCUCUAAACAUGUAAGACAAAUAGUGAGAUCCGACUCUGCUGAGUAUCUUAAAAUAUAAAGGGAUGCAGUCAAUUUAUUAUUGUCUUAAAGCUACUUCAUUCAACUGUACUCAGCAUUCUGUCACUUUUUGAUCUUAAUAAGAACAAUAAGUUUUCAUCUAUGGUUAUAAUGUACAUGUGAAAAUAUGUUUAAAUGAUCACGAAACCUUUCCUAUAGCAAUAACAAGGGCUUUUACCUUUGGAUAUGGAAGCUUGAUUGAAAAAUGAAGAAAUCAAUAAGGCAGCUUGUAAAGAGCAGGCUGUAGAAUUCCAGAACACUUAGUGUAAGUUCUCUAGAAUGUUGUUUUGGGGAUGAUUUACUUGGUGUGUAGAUUGCAGCCUUAAAAAACACUCAAGCUAAAGGAGACCUCAAGUUGAGCAUGAAUGAAAUUGUGGAUAAAUG